CCCCCGGGACCUCACCCCGCGGCGCGGCCCGCCGAGAGCGCUGCUUGAAACUGAGCUUUCAGGGAAAGCGAUGACUUUGGAACGCUGUACUCCAAAGCACUGCCCCGUCCUGGCACCUGAGCGCCCGGACAGUGUCCGCAGCCCUGGCCGAGGGGCGACGCUCAGGGACAGGCGGCGAUACUCUGGGUGGCCUUGGGUUUGCUGCCAGGUUUGCUGAGCUGGUGUUCCCGGGAGCUCCUCUGUCCACAUUAGUAGUUUCUUAGCAAGGAAAAUGGUGACAGGUGUGUCUGUCACCCUUUGUGAAGACUGUAGGCAGCUGUAACUUGGCAAAGGUAGUAUUCCAGUUGAACAACGUCCUCUUUUUACUUUUUUCUUCCUCCUCCCACCCCUCUUUCUUUUCCCAUUCAGAUGUAUUUUUCUUUCCCCACUCAAACACGGGUAUUUGUAAUUCAAUCUUUUCCUCUAACAAGGCCCUAAUUGGUGAGGCUUCUUAGGGAAUGUCAACUGUCUUUGGUAAUAAGAUCUAGGGAUGCGUAUCUGCUUUUCAAAAAUUCAAUUAAUAUAGUACAAGGUAAAGGUCCUCGCUGAGGAGCGUUUGCAGUUUGUAGUUGUGUCCGGCUCUGCUUGCUUCUCUACUUCACUAGAACAGGAUUUCUAAUCUUUUACCUAAUUGUGAUGGAGCAGGAGCAAAAACCGUUGGUUUCAGAUUCAGAUGGCUUCAUGGAGAAGGAGAGUUUGAAAAGCCCUUUUACAGGAGGUGAAAGUAAGAAUAAUUUGAAAACUGUUCAACAUAAUAACCUUAAACUUAAAGGGAGAACCUCACAGUGCUGUAAAAGAGAAGGCCCACAGAAGUGUAAACUGGAAGAUACAACAGAAAUGCCAUUGACAGGGUCCCAUGGGAAUGAGAUAUGGCAUGAUGAUUCCUGUGAGAAUGAUGGUGAGUCAGAGAAUCAGGGAAAUUGUAUAGGAAAAAAGGAGGGAAAACCUGGUCACUGGGGAUGUGACCCCGGGGAACACAUUAGUGCCUCUAUCCAGCAGAAUUCAUCCAUCAGAGACAAACCCUACAAAUGUUCCAAAUGUUGGAAAAGCUUUAGUAAUAGUUCUCAUUUGCGUGCUCACCAGAGGACUCACUCAGGAGAAAAACCUUAUAAGUGCUCUGAGUGUGGGAAAUGCUUUAGUAACAGCUCACACCUGAUUCAGCAUUUGAGAACACACACAGGAGAGAAGCCCUACCAGUGUGGUGAAUGUGGAAAAAACUUCAGCAAUACCUCCCAUCUCAUUAUCCAUGAGAGAACUCAUACGGGAGAGAAACCCUAUAAAUGUCCUGACUGUGGGAAGAGUUUCAGUAGCAGCUCUCACCUUAUUCAGCAUCACAGAUCACACACAGGUGAAAAGCCAUAUGAAUGUCCAGUUUGUGGGAAAUGCUUCAGCCACAGUUAUGUGCUGAUAGAACAUCAGAGGACUCACACGGGAGAAAAACCUUAUAAGUGCCCAGAUUGUGGGAAGAGUUUUAGUCAGAGUUCUAGCCUGAUUCGCCACCAGCGGACACACACAGGUGAGAAGCCCUACAGAUGUCUAGAGUGUGGGAAAAGCUUUGGUUGUAAUUCAACUCUAAUAAAGCACCAGAGAAUACACACAGGAGAAAAACCCUAUCAGUGUACAGAAUGUGGGAAACAUUUCAGCCGAAGUUCAAAUCUUGCUACACACCAGAAAAUACACACUGAAGAGAAAUCCUGUGAAAGUUCUGAAUAUGAAGAAAGUUGGAGUCAGAACUGCAAGGUGACAGAAGAAAGCAGAAUCCAGCCAGGAGAGAAACCAUAUAAAUGUUGUGAAUGUGGAAAGAGUUUUGGCCUCAGCUCCCAUCUCAUUAGACAUCAGAGAACACACACAGGAGAAAAACCUUACAGAUGUUCUGCGUGUUGGAAAACCUUCAGUCAGAGUUCCACCCUGGUGAUUCACCAAAGGACUCACACAGGAGAGAAACCUUAUAAGUGUCCUGACUGUGGUGAGUGCUUCAGUCAGAGCUUUAACCUUAUCAGGCACCGGAAGACCCACAUGGGAGAAAAACCUUACAAAUGCACUGACUGUGAGAAAUGCUUCAGCAGAAGUGCCUACCUCAGUCAGCAUCAAAAAAUUCACAUGGAGAAGUCUUUUGCAUCUCCUGAAGUGAAAGGUUUUCCUCAUGGAUGGACUUGGAAAAACCAUUCGGGGAAAAUGACGCUCAUCUCAUCAUUUUCAGUCCCAAAUUCAUCUUCCUCUUGAGUCCCUCUUGAGGCUGGUUUUUUUUUUUUUUUUUUUUUUCUCUUCUUCUUUCUUAUUGGACCAUUACGGUUAAGGUGUUCUCUGAUAUGGUGAUACCACAUCUCUUUGGUUUGUUUGCCAAAACAGCUAGAAAAAGUCAACCUCCCAGUGUAGAGGAUGGGCAGAGCCAGGUUAGCAGGUUAUUAGAUCUCUCCAGUGACUGCCAGGGUUGGAGAACAAGAAAUUUUUUUAAAGUUUAAGGUAAGAUAGAUUUCUAAAGAAGAAGGGAAACAUGAAGGAAAAUUCCAGUAAUAAGGGUACCUGAGAGCUUGAAGCCAAGAUUGCCAUUGAAUUUCCUUAUUUUUUUCCUUCCUGAUUAGUCAUAACUAGCCUCAGGGAUUUACCUAGAGAAAGAUUCUUUUGUGAACGAAUAAUAUAAUUUUCUGCCUGUUUGAUUGGGUCUUAAGGGGGAAAAAAAAGUUUUUUUUAAAUGCAUUUUUGCUAAAAAUCAACUUUUUUACUAUCUAGAACUGUACUGUCCACUUGGAUAGCCACAAGUGGUUCUUUAAAUUUAUAUUAAGAGAAAAUGAAAUUUAAAGUUCAGUUCCUUAGUUUCACAAACCACUUGCUAAGUGUUUAGUGGCCACACAUAUGGCUGCCACAUUGGAUGCCAUGGCACAUAAAGUUCUUUUUUUCCAAGUCAGCGUUCUUGAAAGCAUAAAUAUUUCAUGAAAGCCUAUAGAAAAUGUGGUGUGGGUUUCUGCUCUCCAAGAACUGCAGUAUGGAGUUGACAUGGGAUAGAGUUUUAAAGGCACUGGAUCUAGAUAUUGACUGUUCUGAUGAUUGUAUAUUUUGCAUUCAACCAUCCCAUUAUCUAGUGAUAUAAUCCCGUUGUCUUGGCCAAAGUCAGAAUAGGAGGCAGGAGUCUUGAACUCUUUUGAAAUGUUCAAUCGGAGUCCUUUCCCUUCAGUUUUCUCGUUACGUAAUUCCCAGUCAGAUCAUAAACUAGUUUCUUUUUCUAAUAACUAAUCCAUUGAAUCCUAGCCAGUGUCUAGGGACAGUGGGUCACCGGAGAGCAAGACUCCUUAGUUUCAGCCUCAAAAGUUUUCUUUUGCCACUUGGCUUAUGUGGUGUAUGGAUCCGAUAACCGAGACCCCAUCCGCUCAGCUCUCUAAAGGGAAUGUUUUCUAAAGUAUUGAGAUAUUCCUCAUGCCCCAGUUUUUUUCCUGCUAGUGUGAAAAAUAGCUGAGUAGGAAGGCCAGCACUACUGAAAUACUCAGGAUUUCAUCUCAUUUAUGAAGAAUAUGUAGUGGUGCAGAUUAGUACUGUGGAGCCAGAAAGUGUCAAUUACAUCUUCUACAAAGGGCUCUCGCUGGUGGGGAACUGAAUUACAUAGGGAUUAUUUCUUCUUUCAUGAUUAUGGUGCAUCUGAUACUGGCCAGGCAGUUGUGCCUUUUUGUGUUGUCCUGGUUAAACAAUAAAGCAAAAGCUAGCACAUAAAGGUAUUUAAGAAGUAUUGGGAUGGUUUUCUGCUUUCUGAGAAGGGGCGAACAUUUUUGGGCAUCUUUGGCUUUUCUAUGGCCCUUAUCUAAGCAUCUUAUUCACCUUUCUGUAGGAUUUAUUGUUGCCCAAAUUGUCUUAAACUCUGAUAUCUGAGGUCAAGAUUUUAAAGUAUUUUUGAAAUCUUACUUAAGACUUUGCUUAAUGUUUAAUAAUUAAAUUUGGGCAGCUGCUGUUGAGGCAGAAAUCCAUGUCUGUUGCUGUGCUGGUGGUACAUGAUUGUCAGUCUCUAUGUGUGGCAAGCAACUGCUUUGAGCCUGUUUCCUCAUAUAUAAAGCAGAGACAUUACCCACUUGCCAGGUUUUCUGUAAGGAUUAAAUACAGAUAGCGUCAGUGUAUCAUUUAAUAAGGUUGAAAACUGAGCCCCCAUUCCUUGCUGAGCUGGCAAGUUUGGGAGACACCAAUAGAGGAGGGACUCAAUAUGGUUGCCAUGGGAACUGGGCCAUAAGCCCUACUGCCAUGACCAGAAAAACCAGGCCAGCUCUAGGAAUAUGGAAGCAGAGUCAAAAUACAUUCUGUGUCAAAAGUCAAUGCCCAAGACCAGACAUUCCAGCAGAUAUGGUGCCCUGAUUAGAAAGCCCACAAAAACAGGACAAAAGAGAACCUCAGGCCAUUCUUCCCCUACAGACCAUCUCUCUCCCUGUGCCCCCUGCUCCCUUGCAGGAUUCUGAAUAAAUCUGCCUUUUCUGUUCUCCGCUGUCUGGUGAAUUCUUUCACCCCCAUGUCUCCAACCUACACCCUGAAUUUCCCCACAACACACAGUCUCCAACUUAAGAUGGUUCAACUUGUGAUUUUUCAAUUUACUAUGGCUUGAAAGUGAUAAGCAUUCAUUAGACACUGUACUUCAAGUUUUGAAUUAGAACAUUCUGUUUUUCACCUUCAGUAUAGUAGUCAAUAAAUUACUGAGUUACCCAACACUUAUUUAUUUUUUAAAGAUUUAUGCAUACAAGAACUGGGGUACAGGCCAGAGGUUUGGGGGUGGGGGGUGGUGUGAGAGGAUUCACCAGAGACAGAGCAGGGAACAGAACAGGCAGGUUGACUGAAAUACACUGCUGAGGGGAGCAGCGGGCAAGAUAGGAGAGGUCUGCUGCACCAUGUGGGUCAGCUCCCUGGCUUGGGAUUGAACUUGUGCUGCAGUGGCUGCAGAUAGCUUCAUAGUGCUGAGACUUAACCCCUUGCACCAACAGGGAGGCUCCAACACUUACUUUAAAAAUCGGCUUUUGCGUAAGAAGAUUUUGCCCACUUGUCAGCUAAUGUAAGUGUUCUGAACACAUUGAAGGCUAAGCUAUGAUGUUUGGCUCUUUUGGCACAUUAAAUGCAUUUUUAGCUUAUGAUACUUUAACUUUGGAUGGAUUUACUAGGCUGUAACCCCUUCAUGAAUCAGAGAAGAUCUGUAAAUAUUUGCACAGUGCUUAAAACUAGGUCUAAAUAAAUGGCAAAUAGUUACUAUUAAUUGAAACAAAUUGAAAAAUGGCCUCUCACAUUUUCAGAAGUAGCAAGACAGGCACAAACUUAGCCUAAUUGUGAAUGAGGGUGUUUUAUGGCCAACCUCAGGAACCCUGGGAAGUUUGCAAAUUUUUGAAAGCACUUCCAUUUGAUUCAGUUUAUUGACUUUUUAUUAUUGUUCAUAAGCCAAAGAUUCAGUUAAAUCAGGAAAGAAAGAAAAGGAAAGUUCCAUUUAAGUUAAUGUGAAGAAAUAACGUUACCAUAAUUUCAGGUUUUCAGGUCCAAUUCCAGAAAUUGAUCCCAGGCCGUGGUGGUAGCGCUGAGUCCCAGCCACUAGACCGCCCCGGGUUCGGGUCUCACGAAGCCGCAGCAGGAACUUUGCCUACUCUCAGGCAAGCAAGUGAAAAGAAGCAAAUUUAUUUAGAGACAUAGAUAAAAGGAAAAGUUUAUUAAGGAGAAAAGAGACAGAAACAAAGUGGGACUUCCAGGUCGGAAGAAGCAGGGAGGAGCAAGGAAGCCGCAAUGGAGUCGUGCUUCAGGGAACACAUCCUUUCCCUAAUUAUUCUAAAGCCUCAUCAGUCUCUUCGUGAUUGGUUAGUUCUCAGUGGUCUCACUCACUCUGCCUUAAUCUCUGCCCAGAAUUACCUCUUGUGUCCUUUCUGUCACUGUCCUCAGUCCAGGGAGUGUCUGUUAGUCCCCUUUGGAAUUUGCUGCCCCUGUCUCUGGGGCCUCCCUUAUUCCUCGGAAGCUUAGUCUGGCCCUCGAAGCUGUCCUCUUGCCCUUUGCUCAAUGACAAUAGGUACAAUUUACGUCCCAUCCCAGCUACCCACAGUAUGGCUUAUGACUGCCCACAGUGACUUAUAAUCUAGUUCACAAACUUCAACUUCUAGAAGAACACAAAUAUUCAUGCUUUAGGUGGGUUAAGGUGGGCUCUAUUAGUAAAACAAUUUCACAAGUACUGGCUCUUUAGAUUGAAAAUCAGGAAAGCAGAUAUUCUUUAUUUUUUCUUGCCAGCACAAAGGAUUCAGCCCCUCCUUUCACAUUCUUUUUUUUUUUUUAAAUGAUGCCCUAUCUUCUAAAUAAUUUCAGUUGCUAUUUCUUUUUUUUUUUUAAGAUUUAUUUAUUUAUACAAGCACUGGAUUUAUUUAUUUAUAGAAGCACGGGAGGGUGAGAGAAUUCACCAGAGCCAGAACGGGGAGCAGAGCAGGCAGAAGGACCGAAGUACACUGCUGAGGGGAGCAGCGGGCAGCAGGAGAGGUCUGCGCACCAUGUGGGACCCUCCCCUGCGGAGCGGGAUGGAACCGGCACUGCAGAGGCUGUGGGCAGCUUUGCAGCCCAGCGCUUAACCACUGUGCCACCAGGGGAGGCCCUCACAUUCUUAAUUAUAGUGAUUUGUUCCAUGAUUCCUUUUGAAUUAAGAGAAGACCACUUUAUUCAUUUUUUUCCCACUCGAAGAAGGGGCUUAUGUUCAACCCCACAGUAGGAAGGGGGGAAUUCCUUUUCAAAUCCAUCUACUCAUAAAUAUAGCAGGAAACUCCCUGGCUGCUGGGUAGCUUACCAGAUGGGGUGCAAACACAAGACUUAGUAGUUGUGCCUGAGGUACAGUUUUACUGCCAACAUUCCAAGUCAUCCAGGUUGGAUCUACCAAAGCGUCUUCUCCUUUGUGCUGCAGAAGUUUUAAACUGUCCAUGAUAGGUAGUGAGUAAGGGCUGUGACUAUUUGCCCUUCCACAGUAGUGAAGUGCAUUCAUCCUUGCCAGUCCCUCAAGUCCUAAAGUUAUGAUAACAACAAAACUGUCCUUGCCUCUGUAUUUGAAUUUAUAUAACUCCUUCAAGCAAUACAAUGAUUCAUUCAACAAAAAUUUGCUGCCUUAAUACACGUCUAGCGGAGGUAAAAUAACAGUGGGUGGGCAGGGCCUCCCUGGUGGCGCAAGUGGUUAAGCACAGCACUGUGAAGCUAUCCACAGCCUCUGCAGCACGGAGCAACCCACAUGGUGCA